AUGGGGGCCGUGCGUUCAGUUCGCACUGGGAGUCUCGUCUCUCAGGGCGCGAGAGUCGCUGCCUCGUUUUUUCUUCCGUUCCUCCUUUCUUUUUCGCCUUGCGGGCCUCGCGUUUGCCGCGGAGACUUUUCGGGAGCCCUUGUCUUCUACAGUUUCUCGGCGAGCCAGGCCGCACCCCGAGAAAAUGGAUCCGCAGGGACAGCAACCCCGGCGCUCCCGAGGACUCCAGGCGCUCCGCGGCGGCAAGCUCGCCGCUCCUCUCCUCUGCUCGCUUCCCCGCACCUCUCAGCAGAUGCCCUUUCUGAGGAGGAUGAGGCGUCUGAGACAGAUCCUGGUCGACUUGGCGCCGCCCACGAGCGGAUUCGACGCCAAUCGACGGCCGAAGAUGACAAAGAGAGUCGCGCGGCCGUGAUACGCGCGACGCACACCGCCUUGGCUCCGGGGGGACACGGACGCCGCCUCUCUGGCCUGAUCAGCCUGUUCGAGUGGUGGUGGUACCUCCAGAGCAUGCCGGAGAUUGAUGAGGGUCUCUUUCUGGAUCCAGAGGCCGUUGAAAGGUUGGCGGAGGAGACGGAGUCAAGGGGCCAGCUGGUUUAUUUGCUGCGUGCGCCGUCGCAGCAGCUGCGUCAGUUUUUGGGCCUCCAGUCGCGCCGCCCGCACGGGGGCUUGGUUGUGAAGGUCAAGCGAAUCAGCAGGAUGAAUCCGCACCACGCCGCGUACGAGGGGUACAUCCAUGCACUCCUCACCCGCGCCGACAAGCCGCACAGCAUGUUUCUGCCUCAGUACGGGUCCUUCCGCGGCAAACACAGUAAGUAUGUCUUCCUGUUUCUUCCGCUCGUUCAAGGCAGCGUGCGCGAGUGCCUGUAUGACUACCCUGGAGAGGUAAAUGUGCACUACGCGGCGGCGGAGAUGGUGCGGGCAGUGAAGGACCUGCACGACCAGGGCUACGUACACCGGGACUUGAAGCUGAGCAACUUUCUAGUCGGCGACGACGGCCACAUCUUCCUGGCAGACAUGGAAACUGUCAUUCCGUUCAACUCCGGCGGCGACUGCUCGGGCACGCGCGGGUAUAUUGCGCCGGAGCUCGAGGCAGCCUUUCACAGCCAAUUUCGCUUGCGUGCCCCCACGUUCAGUGACAAAACUGACGCGUAUGCGCUGGGAAUCACGCUGGGAAAAAUGCACAUGUUGGCGAAGAAGCAAGCACCGGUGCCGCAGGAGUCGAAGCUCCUCGCCCUCGUCGCCCGAAUGACCGAUGACGACCCCAAGGGCCGCCCCCCGCUCGCGGAGAUCAUGGCUGACCCGUACUUCGAAGGCAUCGACUUCGGAACGAUUGGAGACAGGUCGGGCCCCAGCCCAUUUCCAAGUCGGCGACGCGAGCCGCCAGCUGCGGCCGCUGCCCCGCCGAGCAAAUGA